GCUCAUUUAAAAAUUCUGUGAAUAUAAUCGCGUGAAGGUCAAUUCGUAUAAAUAAAAAAUUACGUCAGCCCAUAAAAAAUUAAUAGGGAGCCCUCACCGGGAUGCUUCUAGUGAAUCAGAUUGAAAGCCGCACAAAAAUAGACGAGGAUGUUUACUCGCACAGAUUUAAUUUAGAUUUGGGUUAGACCGAAAAUAAUCCAGCAUUGGAUCGAUUAUUGGGCUUUUCGUUCAUAUUGAUUUCGUCUGAAUGGCGGUAAUUAAAAAAGUUUUCUGAUUGAAGAAAACGUGGAAAGAGGUGAGACUAACAAUUAAAAGUUUAUUUCGGUGUGCGUCUGGCAACAUAACAAAUAUAAUUACAAAAUUCUUUCCACAUGAAGAUACAGUGCGAGAUGCUGCGUUCACACAAGGAAUUUUUAUACCUGGUAAAUACAAGCACAUAUGAAUACCUACAACUUUUCUGUCAAGGAGCUUUUAGCUUUAGUGUCUACUUUGCGAUUCAACUCUGAGUUUUUGAGCCACCGUUAAGUUUAACCAAUAUUGUUCGUCCUGUCAACACUAACCAAAGAAGAAAUGUCUAGCGUAACUGUAAGUCCAAGAUACGACACCGACGAAACUCAGUCAACAGAAUGGCAGGGACUACGAAGCGUCGAGGGUCGUCUAUUAACGUACAGAACAUGGAAAGGCGCAGUAGAACCGACGGAAUUAGCUGAAGCUGGAUUUUACUACCUCCAAGGUACCGAAAAGGUUCGCUGUGCCUUCUGUAAUGUAACUGCAGAAUAUGCGUGGUUGCCUGAAGACGAUCCGGUGGACCAUCAUUGGAGAUGGAGUCUGGAACAGAGAAAAUAUUGUAUUUUUUUAAGGGAGAAAGUCAGAGAACAAUUGAUUCCCGAAGAUAAAAGAGCAUAUCUGGAAAAGUUUGGUGUGAUCAGAAGAAAGGGACCCGUCCAUUCCAGAUAUGCGGGGCAACAAACGAGAUUUGAAUCAUUCAAACAGUGGCCCAAGGUGUUGAGACAAAUAUCUGAAGAAUUGGCAUCUGCCGGAUUCUUUUACCGUGGUUUUGGAGAUCAGACAUUGUGCUUCUAUUGUGGUGGUGGUCUCAAGGAUUGGGAAAGGAACGAUGAUCCUUGGGAGCAGCAUGCUAAGUGGUUUCCAAAAUGUAGUUAUCUGUUAAUGAGGAAGGGUCCACUGUUUGUGAAAGCGAUACAGGAAAAGAAGGAACCAGAGGUUAAUAGUUUGCCCAGCACUAGUGAUGGUAGUAUUAACGUGGAUGACGAAAAUCCACAUAUUGCUACAGUUAGUGGAAGGAAAUCUCAAUAUUUGUGCAAAAUAUGUUUCGAAGACGAAUUAUGUAUUGUUUUUCUACCUUGCAGACAUAUUAUAGCAUGUGUAGAUUGUGCUGUAGCCUUAACCGAUUGUCCGGUAUGCCGACAACCUUUGGAAGCAACAGUCAGAGCGUUCCUAACAUAA